AUGUCGUAUAAUGAAUGCGAUGUAAGUUUCAAUGAUCAACAAAAAAUAGAACUAUUAAAGAGCUUGCGAGACAGUAUCAAUUGGAAAAAAAAAGAGGAGCGAAAAGAAUUUAUCCAGCGACUUGAAAACUUAUUUGGUACAUGGAAUGGCCAACUUCCAAACCUCGGAGCCAUUUUUCGAUCCAAACAGAUCGAGCGUCUUCUCUUGGAUUCCAUAAAUUAUUCUGGAAGACAAUUCAUCGACUUCGUGGCUCGCAGCGGCUACAAAGACGAGCCCGAAGUUGAUACGAACGGCAAGAUAUCGUUGCGUCGCACCACACCAGUACAUCACGCGGUUAGAUUCAAGUUCCGAACCAUAGUCCAUGAUCUUUUUAAAAUUUACAGUAGAACAGACGUAAAUUACACGGACGAAUCCGGCUACUCUCAUUUUCAUGUGGCCUGCAUGUUUGGCUGCCAAGAAAUCGUUAAAAAAUUUCUCGAACUCGGACAAGAUCCCAAUUACCUCGUGGAAAAAACAGGUGCUUCCCCGCUACACUUGGCUUUGGACGAGAAUCAAGGAAAUGUGGCCGAAUUACUGCUGAGAAGCGGCGCCGAUCCGAACAUAGCCAACAAGAAUGGCUUGAAUGCUCUGCACAUUGUUUGCAGUAGAUACAAUCGCGAUAGUGGAACGAUGAAUAUGCUGUUCGAGCUGACUCACCAAAAAUUUCAGCCGCUACAGAUCAACGCCAGGUCAAAAUCGGGUAACACACCAUUGCACUUGGCUGCGGUUUCUCGCGACAGAAACGCGAUCGAUUUUUUGCUGAGGCGAGACGGAGAUCCACAUUUGGCCAACGAGAAGGGACUCACCCCUUUGCAUAUUAUUUGCCAGAGCGACAAGGACGAUAAUUUGGCGGAGAUAUUUUUCCAGAUCACCGAGGAAGUCAAUCGGCCGGUGCAAAUCGACGCCCAGGACAAGGACGGCAAAACAUCGCUUCACUGGGCUAUCCAUUACGGCAUUGAGAAAUUGACUAGGUUUCUACUGAGAAGAGGCGUCAAUCCAAAUCUAGCCGAUUCAGAUGGAUCGACUCCUCUGCAUUACAUUUGCAACAGUCACCGCGGCAAUUGGCUGCGGAUAUUUUUCUCCGUCACUGACGACAUGCAGCAAACGGUGUUGAUCGACGCCCGGGACAAUUUGGGCCGUACACCGCUGCACUGGGCCUUGAGUCGCGGCCUCGACAGGGUAGCCGAAUUUCUGCUGAGAAGAGGGGCCGAUCCGAACUCAGCCAACGAAGAGGGAUUGACUCCUCUGCAUAUUAUUUGCAAUAGAAACUACAACGACGAUCUGUUGGGGAUAUUUUUCCAGAUCUGCGGCAAUUUACAGCAUACUGUGCAGAUCGACGCCCAGGACAAAUUGGGAAACACUUCGUUGCACUUGGCAUUGAAAUUAGGACACUGCGCCAAGAAGAAUGCGGUCAAACUGCUGCUGAGAAACAACGCCGAUCCUAAUCUGGUUAACGGCGAGGGAACGACUCCUCUGCACAUCCUUUGCCAGAGAGACGAGGACGACGGCAUGAUGGCGCUAUUCUGCGCGACCUGCAGACAGGCGGCGAACGUCAAUGCUCAGGACAGGUUGGGCAACACGCCUCUACACUGGGCUAUUAUUAGCAAAAACCCGAAGGUGGCCAAAUUUUUACUAAGGCGAGGCGCUAAUCCAAAUUCAAGGAACGAGGAGGGAUUGACUCCCUUACACUGUAUAUGCAUGGUAUACAAGGACGUUGACUUAGCAGAGUUUUUUUUUAAGUUCAACGGAGAUAUUGCACAGGCGGUGCAGGUCAAUGCCCGAGACAAGUUGGGCAAUUCACCGCUGCUUUUUGCUCUGGACAAUGGCCACAAGGAUGUUGCCGAAUUGCUGUUAAGAAACGGCGCCAAUUCCAGUUUGGCCAACGAGGAGGGAUCGACUCCACUGCAUAUUAUAUGCAAGGCGGGACACUCUAAAGGUUUGGCGGAGAUGUUCUUCGAGAUCAACGACGAAAGACAUCAAACGCUGAUGGUCGAUGUCGUGGACAAGUCGGGCCGUACACCGUUGCAAUUAGCUGUGGCAAAUCUCAAUUUGGAUGUUAUCGAUGUGCUUUUGGAUCGCGGGGCUGAUUUGUCCAGCUUCGUUUUCCCCAAUGAGAUAUACUUUGGCGAGGGCGUCGAAUAUUAUUUCUACUGGGAUAAAUUGAAUUUAGCGUCUCGCGUUCUGGCCAUCGUCGAUCGCCUGGAAAAAAAAGGAUAUGAACUGGAUCAAAGCGACGCUGUGACGAUCAUGAAACUCUUUGCCAGGCGAAGAUUGUUCAAAAAAUCAACGGAUCUCCACAAAACGAUAAGGCCCAAGCAAGAUUGA